CGAUAAAUUAUACAUUUUCUGCUGGCAUGUUUUCAAUAUUCUGUUUUGCAAUUAUGAAACAAAUAUAAGUACAGCGUUUCCACUGAUUCAUCUAGCUUUAUCAGACUCUGAUAAAGCAUAAAGUAAUAAGAUAAGUUAUAUAAAGCACGCCAGUCUCUUUAUUAACUUAGUGUAGGUAACAACUGGUUCAUUCAUUACUUCAUAAUAUCUAUCUCUUGUAUUUAUAUAAGUAGAUAAUUGAAUAUAUAACAUACAUUAAAUAGAUUGCAUGAGACGCUUAUAAUAUCAAAUAUGAAUCAGAACAAAAAGUGCGUCACGCUGAGUGAAGUGAACGACAAGUUCACGGAAGAAGUGCUAAUAAAUAUCCUCUCCAAAGCAUGCAAUGUGAAAGAAGUGCGACUGACGGGUUGGAGCUUCAACGAGGGGUCUGUUAAAGGCGACAAUUACUUGUCGAACGUCUACAAGGGCAAAGUGAGUGGCACUGUCGACGGCAAUCCGAAGCAGCAUGUGCAAGUGAAUAUUGUCGUCAAGUCGAUGCCAAAAAAUCCUGGGACAAGAAAGACUCUCCGAUGCGCAGACUUCUUCUGUAACGAAAUCGCUUUUUACACGCAGGUUGUCUCCAAUUUUGAAAACUUUCUAGCCGAAAAGGGACAGAGUGAUAUGUUAUGCAUACCACGCCACAUAAUCUCCUGUACGGAUAGCGAAAAUGGUUUUCUAGUCUUGGAAGAUGCCUCUUGUUUAGGAUUUUACGCCGUGUCGCGACGGAACUGCCUAGACUGGUCAGAAUGUUCAGCCGUCUUGAAGACGCUGUCUAAAUUUCACGCGAUCUCAUUUGCGUACAAAGACCAAAGAAAGGAAGAGUUCGCCGAAAUGACAAAUGCUUUAAAAGAAACCUUCUUCGGCCGUGAACACUGGGAUUGGUACAAAGGGUAUCACGAAAAGAUACAAGUUUUAAUGAAACACGUAUUGGCUGCCGAGUGUCCCGAUAGCAAAGCUGAGAGACGAUACAACUCUUACAAACUCGGCGCUCUCUUCGACAAGUGCACGGAAUUGUGUGAGAGGAAAGACGCUCCUACGUCCGUCAUAGUCGAGGGCGAUUGUUGGGCCCCGAACUUCUUGAUCCGCGACGUCGAGCGAGAUCAAAAGCAGGCGUUGAUGCUCGACUUUCAGCUCGCACGUUGCGCGAGUCCCAUCAUGGAUCUAUCUUUUCUAAUUUAUGCCUGCACCUCGAAGUCAUUUCGCGAUCAAUAUUUCGACGAGAUGUUAAAGACGUACCACUCGGAGUUGAGCGACGCUGUUAAAUUACUUGGGUCUGAUCCAGAGGAGCUUUAUCCGUGGGAUUUGUUCAUGAAAGAGGUGAAAGAGCAAUUUGUGUUUGGCGUGUUCGCCUCGCUCGACGCUAUUCCAUUAUGUCUGAUGGACGUGUCCGAGUCAUUCACCAUCGACACCGCCGUGAAGGGCGACGAGGCAGUGGACGUUGGCGAGUUGGCAGUGGAUGUGGUGGACUUCCCUAACAUUGCGGCAGCGAGCGAGAGACGAAGAUUGGCGGACGUCGUAGUUGACGCUGUUGAAAAGGGAUACAUGUGACGCGAAAGAGGCUUCGCUGCAAGAUCGUCGUCAGAUGCGAAAUAAAAUUACGGCAACUGACAAAUGUGUUUUCGAUACAAUUCAGUGUAAUAUGAAUAUACAUAUAUUUAGUGUAA